ACAAAAACCAUAAUAUGCACGCAUAAAUGUUUGCAAUGUUUCAGGGAACAAGGUCUAAACAGUUUUUUUUUUGCUAUUUAUUUGAAAACUAGUGUUGCAUAAUUGUUUCAUAUCGAAAUUACCCGCUUAAGCUAUAAUAGACGGUGUAGUAUUUGUUUAUAUACCUUUUUCUUAUUUUUUUAAUUGGUUGAACAAUUUCCCGGCAAAGCAAUGGAUGUUAAACGGCCUAAAUCCGCAGCUUUGAUACCGUUAUUAAUUUUUUCCGUGGCUAUUCCAAUGUCAAUGCUGAUGUGGCUUGGGAAUUUGGCGUUUUCAGUUUUUGCUCACGGAGGAUACACCGAUGAUCGAAACGUCAUCCCACCGACCAGAUGGCUCAUGUCAACUCUCACCCCUAUCGUUAUUGUGGGGUUAGGCAUGCGGAAGAAAAGCUUGGACAAGAGCGGGGCUUUCUUGGCUUUGUUUGUGGGAUUCGUUCUGACGGUAUCGAGCUACGCGUUCUUCGCUUGUCUGUUCACGUUUUUCGUUACAUCUUCCAAGGCCACGAAGUUCCGUAGUGCCGCGAAGCGAAAGUUUGAAGCUGACUUCAAAGAAGGUGGUCAACGCAAUUGGCUGCAGGUUUUGUGCAAUAGUGGGAUCGCAACAUUCUUGGCAUUGCUGUACAUACUGGAUGUUGGUUGCGGGGAACGCCCGAUAGAUUUCGUCAAGGACUACAGGGCUACUUGGCUGGGCAUUGGCAUAUUAGGGGCGUUCGCGUGCUGCAACGGGGACACGUGGGCCUCGGAGCUGGGCACCGUGGUGGGCAGCGGCAAGCCCCGUCUCAUCACCAGCCUGCGGCGUGUGCCGAGAGGCACGAACGGCGCGGUGUCGGUGCUGGGGCUGGCGUUCAGCGCAGCGGGCGGCGCCGUGGUGGGCGCGGCCUACUACCUCGCCGUGCUGUACACGGUCGACCCGCACGUCCUGGCCGGGAGCCCCCCGCAGUGGCCGCUGGUCGCCGGGGGGGCGUUCGCCGGCCUGGCGGGCAGCCUCGCCGACUCCCUGCUCGGGGCGACGCUGCAGUACUCAGGUCUGGACGAGAGGACUGGCUGCAUCGUGGAGUUCCCCGGGAAAGGGGUCCGCCACAUCAGCGGGAUGACCGUCCUCGACAACCACAGCGUGAACCUGUUGUCGAGCAUAGCGACGGCCCUCCUGCUGCCCCGGGUGGCCAACGCCUUCUGGCCGUGACGACGACGCAGUCGACGCGCUUUGUCACGACAGCUGUCCGCGUUCGUUCAUUUUUAUACUGAUCACUGCGAGUAGCUACAACAGAUGCCUUAGUUGUAAUGAGUGUUGUCCACAGAGUUUUUGUUACAAGAGUGUAUUUAUUGUUAUGUUCUUGAAAUUCAGGCCGUCAGUAUAGGGUGAUAUCGUGUGAUUAUUACUGUUGAAAAUGAAGACAAGUUCAGAUUCCAUGGAAAUUUUGAAGCCCCCCAAAUAUACCUAAUAGGAUAAAAGUUUUUGAUAAUGGAUCUGAAAAGUUAUUUCUACAAUUGGUGGUACAGAAAAUAAAAAUAACGAUCUGUUAUACUGCAACUUAGGAAAAUUUUGUAAAAGCUAAUUGUCGGUAGGCUAGUUGAACUGUCGUUAUGAUUCACAGUGGCCGCUGUUGUCAAAUGGUCUUCAAGUUUUCGCCUCUCACCAGUUGUGAUUCGAGACCUGGGUUUUGUUUUCACAUGAGGUCAAAUGCAGAUUUUUUUGCAAGUGGGAGGAGAGUUAGUCUCGGUGAUGUUUAAUUUUUUGGAAGUUAACUGUGGGAGAAAAGUGUUCAAAGCUGGGAUUCUAGCUCUUUUGAGCUAGGCUGUCCAUAAAUACUGGUGAACCAAUGUCAGUACUUUUUCAAAUGUUUUGAACUAAAUUUUCUCGCAACUUUUUCAUAUCACAAGGUGUAUUAUUUUCAGCAAGCUAAAAAUCUUUUCAGAAAUAAUUUUCACAUAAAUGAUUUUAGUGAACAGACUCCAUCUGUUGCUAUAUUUUCUGUGCGACUAUAAUUGGUCACACACAAAAACAGAGUUUAAGUCUGCAAAAGCCUGCUGGAAAUUAAAGUAUUGAGGCUUUUGGCACAGUUACUGUUUAGUUUGGGAUACAACUUGGAACAUUUAUUCUUAUAAACCACUAGUGUAGCCAUCAUAAAUUGUAUUUUACAAUUGCUACAAAAAAAAGUAUAUUUAGUAGGAUAUAAAAUUUUGUGCAAGUUUUGAAUUAUUUGAAUAUGAUUUAGAAAUUUUAUAAAUAUUGUGAUUAAUUUUUGUAGUAGUUUGGUUAAUACAAUACAAACCUCAUUAUUUGUUAAGUGAUAAAAAUAUGGUCCUCUUCAGGUUUGUGUUAAUGAGGUUUGACUGUAGUUGCUCCCGUACACCCCCUUCCCCUUCUCUGUCAUUCAUUCCAUCAGUUCUCCGUAUUUCUUCUCAUCCACCCUCAUUGUCUCUGAUGACGUCUAUGGCGAUGAUGUGUUAAGCCCUAAUUCAUUCAUUUGUACUCUUAUUUCUCCCAGUAAAGCCUAUUCUACAAUGGCACGGAAACAGAUCUCCUGAAACAUUUCACUAUUGUAAUUCUCGGAAACUUAACAAAUGGCAGCCAGCGAGAUUGCAUUUCAAGGUUACCAAGUAAUAAUUUACUUAAAAAAAAAUAUAUAUAUGCUUCAAGAUUAUAGCAUGGGUAGAAUUUACUUAUAUAAGAAAAAUAAACCUCUAAAGUAAUAACACUAGAUAUUCUUGUCUUGAAUCAACUUUUAAUGUAUAUAGAACAUAAACAAACAUGGCUACCAUCACAGCCAUAUACUCGGCUUCUAUUGGUCGCAUGGAGCAACGUGAACUGAAGAUCUCAGCAUUGCCGAGCUAAUCCGUACGGGUCCGUCUCCGUCUGCGGGUUGUAGAAACUGUUGCUCCGUGUGGAUCCGUCUCUGUUUACGUGUCAUUGCAGAACAGGCCUACUACGGCAUCAUCAAGAAAUUGCCGGGACUACAAAAUGUUAAUUCAAAAGGAAAUAUUUCGUGUAUACAUACAUGCACAACUUAAAAUGUUUUAAAAAAAAGUUUAAAGUUGUAGAUCUAGCUUGGUGCAGUUCAGUAUGGAUGCCAUUUUUAGCUCUGGUAAUGUCCAGGCAGUAUUCAGUUUUCUGCCUCGUCUUCAGAUUAGUGUCCACAGUUACCGUUGCAAUUGCUGCGGCGACCUUCUCUUUUUUAAGGUGCUGGGUUUUCAUCAUCUUAGAGUAUACCGUGAAUGAAUUUACCGUAUUCCCCACAGAGAAGAGUACAUUUUUCCUGUGACCUUGUGCGGCCGUGAGACUUGGAAACGCAGCAAGCGCGGGGCGCGGGAGUGGGACAGGUUGUGGACCGGCCAACAGAAGGCUCAGUUUGUGUUGUGGACAGCCAAUUUUAGUUCGGCUAGGUCCAAAACUUUAAACUUUUCUGAACAUUUUAAAAUGCCAAACAUGUAAAUUCAUGAAAUACUUUUUUUACAAUAAAUAACUAGUAAUUAGAAUCCCAGCAUUCAUUCUCGAUGACCCUGUAAGUGCAGUGCUGUGUGUGUGUUAGUUGAGUCCAAAAAUUUUUGUACAUACCAUCAGUUAAUAUUUCAAAGAGAUGGGCUAAAACAAGCAAUCACAAAUUUCAUAAAAAAAAUUAUAUGUUCAAGACUGAACAAACAUUCAUCAAUAUUUAUUUGUUAAUUGUUACAAAAUUGUACCUUAAUAUCCGUAAGAUAAAAUGUGCAGGUUUAUUUUGUGGUAUUUCUUUAUUUUAUUUUUUACUAAAGCAAUAUGUCUUUAAGUUUUUUCCAAUAACUUUUUUUUUGUGUUUUCUUGAAAUGGUUUAUAUUGUACAUUAAUAAUUUUUUGUAAGUGGGAAUUGUGCUUUAUGUUCUCCCAGAGAAGAGGUCCACAAAUGUUCACAAUACGUAGUGAAAUAUUUUGCUGUCAUGUCAUGCAUUUUAAUUUAAAAUUCCAGCAUUAUAGUAAAACCUUUUAAGUAAUCUAUGUAUAUAACAAGCAUAAUAAAUUUUGCACAAUAGCUAUACGAUGACAAUUUUAGUCAGUUUUCAAGUUAAUAAGUCCAAAUUACCAAGUUCCCUGGGAAACUAGUUAAUGUUUUACUGUCAUGUUUUUAUUUUGAAGUGUUUAUUGACUGUAAUAAUUCCUUAUCUUGGUGGAACAUCAUUGUUAACAUUCCUGAAUAGACACUUACAUUUCUACUAAUUAUGAGUGCAGACUUAAUGAUGAGGUAAUACUAUUUUAUUCAAGUUAUUAAGCUUGAGGUGACAGAUUUUCACUCGAGAUUUAGGAUAUAUUUGUAAUUAAUAAAUGAACUUGGCUAGGAUUAUGGUUAAACCUUGUUUAUUUGAACCAACUGGGAGCAGAGGGGAUCCGGAAAAUCGAUAAUUCGGGUAAUGUGGCUAAUAAGCAAACCAAAAUCCUUAAAUGAGCAGACAUCGUUUAUUACAUUAAAAAAAAAACUAAUUUUAGUAACAAAAAUACCUAGUAAACAUGACCUAUAAACCUAUAUUAUUUACAAGACAUUAAAAAAAGUUACUCUUUGAAUAAUUUCCUAACAAAUAAUUUUUCCACUUUCUUCUGUUUCAAACAUUCACGGUCACGAAAACGCUUAAUCUUCAACAGUUCAGCUAGAGCGGUGUCGGGCUGAUACUCCAAGCACGCUAUGAUAAUUUUCAGCUGAUGCACUUUCUUAAAAUCAACAAAAAGCAUUUUAUUACCAUGAUUCUAUCAUCAUUGAAGGAACUGUACAUUGAAUCGCACUUGAAAGUGAAUGCAUGGUGUGCUUAUAUUUACGUACAUACUUGCUAACGUAGUUAAAAAAUUAUUUUAACAUUAAAUAAAUUUUCUACAAAUCUGAUCCAGACUAUCCGGAUCAACGAGGGCCGAAUAAAUGAGGUUUUCCUGUUUUUUAUUUUCUCUUUUUCGUUUUAAAAUAAAAGAUUUAAUGAUUUAAUUGUUUAAAAUUUUGUAACAGUUUAAUUUCCAGUGUUAGGUGGAAAGCAAUUAAUAUGCUAGCAUUAAUUAUGUAAAAUUCAGGAAUGUUAAUAAUGCCAAUGUAGACAUGUGAACAGAAGCUUGACGUGCUAAGCCCUGUUCGUCUCUUUAUGAAUGCUGAGUUGUCUUCAGCUUUGUAAUUAGUUAAGUCAGUAGAACAGAAAGUGGUGUUUACACAUCAUGUUGUUUUGGGACCAACAAAUUGUUUUGUUUUGUUGGAAUUUUGAGACGUGCCUUUAAAGUAGACUGAUGUAGGUAGCUACGACUGAUAUUAUAUUAAUUGUAGUUAGUAUUAGUUGUAAGUCUGCAUGUCAUCCAGAUAGUAAAGUGAUAAGUCUUAAAAAAUGUUGUAGUUGUGUUAAUAUUGUGGAUUUUGUUACAAAUGUGUGAAGUGUAAGUUUAAGUGGUUCGUGGUAUUGAACUGUUUUGUUAAUUCUAGAAGUUUUAGGUUUUUGAUUUUAAAUGGGGGUGUGUUAUUUCCAUUUAUGUACAAGUGUGUAAUUCAUCUUAGAAAGUUUCUGCUUAAGAGACAUUAAUAAUUUCACAUUACUGAACCCAUUUGAGAAGUUUUAAGGGUUUAUAAGCUUAGAUGGAAGUUUGCAGAACACUUGCUUAAUAACCUUGUGUAAUUUUUGGCAAAAUUACCCAUAACUGUACCACUUUUAGAAAGAAAUCAUUCAUUUUCAAUUUCAGAAACAUAAUAGGAUGUUACUGUUGUAUUCAGAGGCCAAAAAAGAGAGUGCAUUUAUGCUGUAGGGUUGGUAUUACUGUGUGUUUUUUUUUAAGACUAUUAAUGUGAAAUAAUUAUUCUUGGCAAUAAAUAAAUGGUGUUACACUACUGUCCAUGAUGACCUGAAAA